AUGGACGGAGUAUAUUUAGAUGAGAAGGGGGAACUAGCUGCCAACUUGGACAUUGUGAACUGGGUGAAGUUUCCCAAUAAGUCCCUUCUUAGGGUGAAGUUUGGGAGUUUACGCAGACAGGGAUCCCCAGACCUACAGCUCACCAUUGACCAGGAUGCCAUCGUUUGGCCCAAAUGGCUCAACCAGACCCUGCCUUCUUCCAGAUGUGUGGAAAGCUGCCGGCCCGGAUCCUUCAAGGUGGUUCAGGAAGGAAAUCCCCUUUGCUGCUAUGACUGCGUUCCCUGUGCGGAAGGGGCCGUCUCCACUCAGGAAGAUGCAGAGGGUUGCAAUAAAUGUCCAGAAGAUCAACAUCCAAACAAGGACCGAGAUGAGUGUAUCCCCAAGAUUAUCUCCUUCCUGGCUUAUCGAGAAUAUCUGGGGAUCCUCCUGGCUUCCUUUGCCCUCCUCUUGUCCUUAAUUACAGGCUGUGUGUUAGGAAUCUUCAGUAAAUAUAAAGAAACUCCCAUAGUCAAAGCCAACAACCGGGACCUCUCCUACAUCCUCCUCAUCUCCCUCCUGCUCUCCUUUUUGUCCUCCUUCCUCUUCAUCGGCAGGUCAGAGAAAACAACCUGCCUUCUCCGACAAACUGCCUUCAGUGUCAUCUUCUCAGUUGCCAUCUCUUCUGUGUUGGCAAAAACCAUCACUGUGGUGCUGGCCUUCCUGGCCACAAAGCCAGGGAAUACAAUGAGGAGAUGGCUGGGGAAGAGUCUGGCCAAUUCCAUUGUCAUUUCCUGUUCCAGUGUCCAAGUUGUCCUCUGCGCUAUCUGGCUGGGGAUCUCUCCACCCUUCCCAGAGUCCGACAUGCAGUCUCAGCCUGGAGAGAUUAUCCUGCAAUGCAAUGAAGGGUCUGUUGCCAUGUUUUAUGGUGCCCUUGGCUACAUGGGCUUCCUGGCUGCCAUCUGCUUCAUGGUGGCUUUCCUAGCCAAGAAGCUGCCUGGGGCCUUCAAUGAAGCCAAGCUGAUCACCUUCAGCAUGCUGGUCUUCUGCAGUGUUUGGGUCUCCUUUGUGCCCACCUACCUGAGCACGAAGGGGAAAUACAUGGUAGCCGUGCAGGUCUUCUCUAUUUUGGCCUCCAGUGCUGGGCUUCUGGGCUGCAUCUUCAUUCCCAAGUGCUACAUUAUUGUCCUGAGGCCUGAUCUGAAUACAAAGGCAUAUUUAACAUCAAAAAUAAAAGAGAUCAACAGGAAUCCAAGGCUCUUGCCCAACAUCACCUUAGGCUACAGCAUCCAUGAGAGCUUCUUUAAUGGAAGGGUGACGUACGAUGCUUUGUUAGACCUGCUGUCCACUGGGCAGGCAAAUGUUCCAAACUACAACUGCGGAGGACAGAAUAACUUACUGGCUGUUCUCGAAGAAUCUGGCUCUGAAAUCUCCAUCCAAAUUUCAGGCUUGUUGGGCAUCUACAAAAUCCCACAGGUCAGCUAUGCUUUUGUCUCUCCGGUUCUGAGUGAUAAGAUCCAGUUCCCUUUUUUCUACCGGAUGGUCCCCAAAGAAGAUGCCCAGUACCCAGGGAUUGUCAAGCUGCUCCUGCACUUCAGGUGGACGUUCGUUGGUCUCAUUGCUUUUGACACCGACAACGGAGAGAGGUUCAUGAAGACCUUGACACCUGCGCUCACUUACUUCCCUGAGAAACAGUCCCAGUGGGAGCAAGUCUCAAUGUAG